AAAAAAAAAAAAAAGAGGAAGAAGGAGAAGGACCGCGAGCUUUGGAUCGAAUCCGUUAAAAAUUUCUCGACUCGAUAAUAAAAACAACAAACAAAUGAUCAUCAUCGACAGCUUUCCUCUAGAUUCGAUUCCGAUUCAUCUUCCAAGGAAUUAGUCUCCGGCGUGUGUCUUCUCUGAUCGUUAACGAUCCUCUUCCAAGCGACAGCCGCAUCUUACUCGCCGGCGGCUUGAAUCAUGGCUGAUAGGAGAAACAGGUGUAACCAGGUCCUCCUUCUAGCAUAUCAGAGUUUUGGCUUAGUGUUUGGAGAUUUGAGUAUUUCUCCUCUCUAUGUGUAUAAAUGUACAUUCUACGGAGGAUUGAGACACCAUCAAACAGAAGAUACCAUAUUUGGCGCGUUUUCUUUGAUAUUUUGGACCAUAACUCUCCUUUCACUCAUCAAGUACAUGGUUUUUGUAUUAAGUGCAGAUGACAAUGGUGAAGGAGGGAUAUUUGCUUUGUAUGCUUUGCUCUGUAGACACGCAAGGUUUUCUUUGCUUCCUAAUCAGCAAGCUGCUGAUGAGGAAAUCUCCACAUACUAUGGCCCUGGUGAUGCAAGUAGAAAUUUGCCUAGUUCUGCUUUCAAAAGCCUUAUAGAACGAAAUAAGAGAUCAAAAACAGCUUUGCUUGUUUUAGUCUUGGUAGGAACUUCCAUGGUAAUAACCAUCGGUGUCCUUACACCAGCAAUUUCAGUCUCUUCAUCUAUUGAUGGCCUUGUGGCCAAGACAAGUUUGAAGCAUAGUACUGUGGUUAUGAUAGCAUGUGCUUUGCUGGUUGGGCUUUUCGUUCUGCAGCACCGUGGCACAAAUAAAGUUGCCUUUCUAUUUGCACCUAUUAUGAUUUUGUGGUUGUUGAUAAUCGCAACUGUUGGUGUGUACAAUAUUGUGACUUGGAACCCCAGUGUAUACAAAGCCUUAUCUCCCUACUAUAUCUAUGUAUUCUUUAGAGACACGGGAAUAGAUGGAUGGCUGUCCCUUGGAGGCAUUCUUUUAUGUAUCACAGGAACGGAGGCUAUCUUUGCUGAACUUGGCCAAUUUACAGCUACAUCUAUAAGGUUUGCGUUUUGUUGUGUUGUUUACCCAUGUCUGGUGCUUCAAUACAUGGGCCAAGCUGCGUUUCUGUCAAAGAAUUUUUCUGCUCUACCUUCAAGCUUUUAUUCUUCCAUUCCAGAUCCAUUUUUCUGGCCGGUUCUCAUGAUGGCUAUGCUGGCUGCAAUGGUCGCAAGCCAAGCAGUCAUAUUUGCCACGUUCUCGAUUGUCAAACAAUGUUAUGCAUUAGGAUGCUUCCCACGAGUGAAGAUUGUUCACAAACCAAGAUGGGUCCUUGGCCAAAUUUACAUUCCUGAGAUCAAUUGGGUUGUCAUGAUCCUCACCCUCGCUGUCACCAUUUGUUUCCAAGACACUCGACACUUAGCUUUUGCUUUUGGGCUUGCCUGCAUGACUCUAGCCUUUGUGACAACUUGGUUGAUGCCUCUCAUCAUCAACUUUGUCUGGAACCGUAAUAUUGUCUUCUCUGUCCUCUUUAUCCUCUUUUUUGGGACCAUAGAACUUGUCUUCGUCGCGUCAGCCUUAGUCAAAAUCCCUAAAGGAGGCUGGAUCACUCUCCUUCUUUCCCUCUUCUUCACUUUCAUCACAUAUGUAUGGCAUUAUGGCAGCAGAAAGAAGUACCUAUGUGACCAGCACAACAAGGUCCCUAUGAAAUCAAUCCUAAGUCUCGGCCCGAGCCUCGGGAUCAUCAAAGUCCCAGGGAUGGGUCUUAUCUACACCGAGCUCGCCAGUGGUGUCCCUGCCACAUUUACUCACUUUCUAACAAACUUACCGGCAUUCUAUCAAGUUGUUGUCUUUGUCUGCUGCAAAACUGUCCCUAUCCCGUAUGUACCACAGAAAGAGCGAUACCUUAUUGGCCGGAUUGGACCAAAAACGUACAGGAUGUACCGUUGCAUUAUCCGAGCUGGCUAUAAAGACGUGAACAAAGAUGGAGACGACUUUGAAGACGAGCUGGUGAUGAGCAUUGCUGAGUUUAUUCAGCUAGAAUCUGAAGGCUACGGCGGCUCAAACACUGACCGAUCCAUCGAUGGCCGGCUCGCUGUUGUGAAAGCCUCAAACAAGUUUGGGACAAGGCUGUCUCGGUCUAUAUCCGAGGCCAACAUCGCAGGUAGCUCGAGAUCACAGACAACUGUAACAAACAGCAAAUCUCCAGCUCUGCUUAGACUGAGAGCAGAGUAUGAGCAAGAGCUUCCGAGGCUGAGCAUGAGAAGGAUGUUUCAGUUCAGACCAAUGGACACUAAGUUCAGGCAACCUCAGGUGAAAGAGGAGCUGUUUGAUUUGGUGAACGCCAAGGACGCGGAAGUGGCUUACAUUGUUGGGCAUGGUCAUGUGAAGGCGAAGCGGAACUCGGUUUUUGUGAAACGGCUAGUGAUAAACGUUGCUUACUCGUUCUUGAGGAAGAAUUGUCGGAGCCCAGGCGUGAUGUUGAAUAUUCCUCACAUUUGUUUGAUCAAAGUGGGCAUGAACUAUUACUUGUGAGUCUUUGUUACUGAUAUUUCUGUGAGAGUUUUGUGGUUCAGAGUAUUCUAAAUUUGGAUAUGAUGUUUUCAUUUUUGUAAUAUUUAUAGUUUACUGAUAUUCUUAUAUAUCUGGUUACUUUUGUGUUGCUGAUAA